GCUUCGUGGUGAUUGUCUUUGCCUCUCCCCAGGCUGAUCUUUGGCACGCUGUACCCGGCCUACUCGUCCUAUAAGGCCGUCAAGACAAAAAACGUGAAGGAAUAUGUAAAGUGGAUGAUGUACUGGAUCGUGUUUGCCUUCUUCACCACCGCCGAGACCCUCACCGACAUCGUGCUGUCCUGGUUCCCUUUCUACUUUGAGCUGAAAAUCGCCUUUGUGAUCUGGUUGCUGUCCCCGUAUACCAAGGGCUCCAGUGUGCUCUAUCGAAAGUUUGUACAUCCUACGCUCUCCAACAAGGAAAAGGAAAUUGAUGAAUACAUCACUCAGGCCCGGGACAAGAGCUAUGAGACCAUGAUGAGGGUGGGCAAAAGGGGCUUGAACCUGGCAGCCAAUGCUGCGGUCACUGCGGCUACCAAGGGCCAGGGAGUGUUGUCAGAAAAGCUAAGAAGCUUCAGCAUGCAAGACCUGACCCUGAUCCGAGAUGAUGAAGCCUUGCCCCUGCAUGGCCCUGAUGGCCGCCUCCGACCCUCAGCCGGUGGCCUCCUGGACCCCAUUGAAGACUUAGGGGAUGACCCUGGCCUGAGCCUUCGGUCCUCAAGUGGGAGCCAGUCAGACACACGAACAGAGGCCUCUGAGGAUGACAUGGGGGACAAGAACCCUAAGCGUGUCAAGUCAAUCAAGAAAGUGCCAAAAGCUGAGCCAAUCCCCAAGACGCUGAAGACCCGCCCUAAGAAGAAGCCCAUGAGUGGGGGAGAGUCGGCCUGAUGUGAGCCUUUCCCACCCCCCCCACCUCUGCGCAAAGACCCUGACGGGGGGAGCCGUGUACAGAACUGCUGCUGCUUCCUAGAUUGAGGGGUCCCCAGGGCCAAGGCCACUCCUGGGGCUUCCUAUCCUCAGGCAUACCCUCCAUGGGAGCAGCCCCUGCCCCCACCCCCUUCUCUCACCAAAACGGGAGGUGCUGCCUCUGGGGUCUCCUGGUGAGGUGUCUGGCCAGGGUUGGGUGGGCAGAUAUGAGGUCUGGGAGGUGCUUAGAGUAAGCUGACUGGAGCCAGGCAUUUUCUUGCUUUGGACCGCUGGUCUGGGAACACAUGGGCCAAGGUUAGGGAUGGGGGGUGGAGGAGGUUGUUAUGUCCAUGGAAGAACUGCCCCCUGGAAUAGCAGUAUUUGGGCCUUUUUGGUUGGAGGCUUGGGGUGUGUGUGUGUGUGUGUGUGUGUGUGUGUGUGUGUGUGUGUGUGUGUGUGUGUGUAAGAAGGGUCCUGAGGACAAAGCCAUUAGAGCAUCUCUCCUUUGUCUUUGUCCAUCAGCCUUCCUUCUUGAGUAGCCUCCCCCACUCUAGCCCACUGAGUGCCUUGCUGGAUGCCAUGGCAUGCCAUGGGGGAAGGGGCUAAGGGCCAGAGGGUUCCUCCAGCCUCACCUCCUUCUAUUCUACCCGCUUCACCCAUUCCUUUUUUUUUUUAUCAGAUCUUGGCUGCCCCAUAUCCUCUUGCUGAAAAAUGGGCUGAUGGGCUAAGCCCCCCACCCACUAAGUGUAGGCCCCUAGAAGGCUUCUCCUCCCCCAGGGAAAGUGGAGGGAAUGAGAACGCUGGGACCGUGUUGCCUCCACAUUGAAAGGGCUUAGAAGGAGCAGUUUCCCAUGGAAAGGCCAAAAUCACUGUAGCCAGGAUUUGGAGUGGGGUGGGGGGAGGGGGAGACCAGGCCUACCUGGAUCAACACUUUCCUCCGCUCUCCUCCCAGAGGCCAUUUCCUUAAAUAAUCCCUCUUUUCCUCUCCCUUCCCCUCUUAACUUUCCUGCUCCCCCAGCUUCUGUUCUUCUGGUUCCAAGGAUGAGGGUGGGGGGCGGGGAGAAGAGUCCCUUGGGAUGUUUGAAGCAAAACAGACUGACUUGGGCAAUGGGUGGGGGGGGGGAGGAUGGGAAACGGCUUCUAUGAGUGAACAUGUGAAACAGUAAGUGUGGUGUGUGUGAGCGAGUGUGUGAGUGUGAGUGUGUGUGUGUGUGUGUGUGAGAGAGAGAGAGAGAGGUGUUUUCAGUGGGGAACUUUCCUUGGGAAGCCAGGCAUGAGGCAGGACAAAGUAUGUGUUUUUGCCAGGACACAUGCAUGUCCCAGCUACGGAGUCUCAUCCCCUGGGCUAGGAAGGAGAGGAAGGCACUUGGGUUGUUGCUCCUCGGGUCUGUCUUUACCUCUGGGUCUCUUGGUCUUAGUCAAUGUCUUUGUGUCUCUGUGCAUGUGUCCCCACGUUCCCUACUCCCCUCCAUCCCUACUGCUCCCAGGGCUGGGGCCGGCCACCCAGUCGAUGCGCCCAGGGCUCUAAGAAUUCCUGUGCUAGUUGCCAUCAGCCCUACUCUCACUUUCCACACCCCAUCCUGCAGCUGCCCCAGGCUCCAGCUCCUGUUCGCCGUAGGAGAAUUGUGAGGUCCGGAUGGGGAUGGUGGGAGGCACUCCCCAAGCUCUGGUCCUCACUUCCCCUCCCAUCCCUCUGCAAGCCCAUUCCUGUCUGGGCCUUACCAGGAAGGAGAGAGCAGAGAGAAGGGAUUCCUGGGGACCCCCCUCCACGGAAGGAGCUGCUGAUGGGAACAGGACUGGGAUUGGGGGGUCUCUCCCUUCCCUCCUUCUCCACCCUUGCCUUUAGCUCCUGUCUUUCCUCCUCCCCCAGCAGUGAUUACACUGAACUGACCCCAGGCCGGAGGAUUUAAAAAAUUCUGUCCUAGGUCUUUGAAAAGUGGAAUGGAUCGGGGAACAUGUGCACAUGUGUGUGUGUGUGUAUAUCUUUGUGUGUGUGCAUGUGUGUGCUGUGCAUUGGGGGAAGUGAGGAAAGGGAAAGCUUGGACCCUGGGCCGGGGGAUGAUCCAAUAAACUAAAAUUCGGCCA